ACUCGGGUUCCCGGAGGGGGCCAUGAGGGGGCGUGGUCCGAGGAAGGACGUUUGUGAUUGGUGGAUUCUGUCCUGGCCGGGAAGUUUGAACGGAAGUCUGGGGAAAGGUCUGAGAAGAGAAAAGGCGAGGGAAUGAGCCCAGAAUCCCCGGCAAAAAGGGUAACAGUUGUGAUACCAGCGCUGCAGCAGGGAGUCGCGUCCAGUAAUGGGGUAGAGUUUGGAGUUAACCUUGCUUCCCUUUCUCUAGGCUCAACUUUUCAGUGAAAAAUUUACACAACCCUACAGGAGCCACUUCUGGAAAAAGUAAUAACUCUCCAUCAUAUGUCUGUAUGAAUUGUGUCAUUUAAGGUGUUUUUUGGUGUGUUUUAAUAAGCUUCUACCAGAACUGGACAUUGAGAGGAAUGAACUUCACAUGAGGGGCAGAAGAAAGGAUGUAGGCAAGGCAGAGUGGCAUAGUUUCUUCUCAACCCUACAAUCAGAAAUGGGCUGGCAAGAAGGGGAAUACAACCACAGGGUGAGGGCAGAAUUAUAUGUGAUAAACUAACACCGAGGGUACUUUUCCAUUCCUGAAGACAGCAAAAGACUUUCAAUCUCAAUGCUAAACUUCUCAUCAGCCUUGCUGCUAUCCGUCUCCUUGUCUUUUUCAAAAAGCAAAUUAUCUCAUGGGAUUGUUGGAAAGGUGAAAAAUAAGGGCUUCACUUCUAUUGUCCUCCAUGGAAAGAAACUUUGGAUACUUAGAUGCUUUUUGGAAACUGGAAGUUAAAGCUAUGGGCAACAAGAAUUUCUGGAAAGAAGAGAAAGAAGAAAAUCACCAUGUCUUCUUGUCGAGUGGGGCUCCGUUUGGCUGCCUGUUUAUUAAACAUUUCAGAAGCCAGAAAAAAGUACAUUGUUGAGAACAUAGUGAAAGCUGCUCUUCUUGAAAGAAAUGGACAGAGACAUCCUGAAGUAUCAGUGCUCAAUAUAUUUUCUGAUCCAGAGUACAAUAGAUCAGUCAUUACAGUAGCAGCUUCUAUUGAUGAGUUAGGCAAUUCUGUUCUGGCUGCCUGCUUGGAAGCCUUCCAGUCUAUUGAUAUGGAGGUUCAGGAGGGGAUCCAUCCUUUCCUGGGAGCAGUGGACCUGAUUCCCAUUUACCCUCUCUCUGGUGUCGGAGUGGAAGAGUGUGGAGCUGUGGCCAGAAGCCUCGCUGAGAAUUUGGUCCUCAGUGUUCCUGGCUGCAGUGUGUUUCUCUUUGGUGAGGCCGAUCUGCCCGAGAAGCGCCCCCUUGUCCAGAGAAGGAAGCAGCUGGGCUGGUUCACCAGGAGGGAUUUCAGCGCUCUUAAACCUGACCUGGGAGCUGCACCUGCCAGAAGAUGUGGUUUGACAGGCAUCGGCGCUAGCCCAUACGUGAUGAACUGCAAUGUUACCAUAGAUUCUCAAGACUUGGCUCUGGGAAAAGAAAUUGCUAGUGCCAUUCGGGGCUCGAAUGUGAAUGGUCUGAAGGGCGUCCAAACGAUGGCUUUUCCUCAUGAAGGGAAAAUUGAGAUAGCUUGCAAUGUAGAGAGUUUUGAAGAUCAAGAAGUUACAGAAACCUCCAAAGGCUCUCAAUACAUGGCUUACAGUGUCCUUGGGGACCAUUUUUAUUAUGUAUCUCCUCAUUACAUAGAAGCUCAAGUUAAAAAAUUGGCAAGUGAUCGAGGAAUUGGUACGAUAGGGAGAGCGUUAAUUGGAUUUACACCCCAAGAGUGCAAGAGCUGUGCUGAAUAUGCAAUAAGAGAAAGUAUUGGGGAGUUCUGGAAGAUACGUGAAGGUGUUUUCAUGUGAGCCAAUCUAAGGUUUCGUUGAAAUUGUAAGAAAAAAAUAUCAGGCAUUGCAAACUUUUCUUAUUGGCAUGUGAAGACAAGAAGAUCCAAGAGCUUGGUUCCAGGUAUGAAUUGGAAAACUAGAAGCCUUCUCUGUCCAACGACAGCAACAGGUAUUUAUAGAUUGUAAUUGCCUUAUGAUAUUUCUAGUCAUCACUGAAACUUUGUGAAAUCUUCCUCUGUAUCAAGUUCAUGCACUUGGGUGUACUAGAAGCCCCCCUGAAUGAGCUGGAUAAAAUGGCCAUAGUUAUGGAAUCAUCUUUGAUUAUCAUGAACUAAACUAAAAAUAGACUCUGUUUAUUUGGUGUUCCUGAGCUCUUUAUUCCAAAGUCCUGUAUUCAACUCUCAUUUUCUGAGUAAUCAUUUUUAUUUUAAUGUGCACUUUUAAAAAUCAAGUACUAAGUAACUAAAUGGGGAGAAUUAUAAACUAAAAUUACCAAAUAAAAGACUAAUCAUGUU